CACAGCGUCAGCUGUGUCUGACAACUUGCUUUUCGAGUGCAGUGCUUCGUAAUCAAGGGGAAAAAGCAAGUCAUGCUCAUCCUCAGGAUAUCACCAUCACAACAAAUUCUCUUUAGCUGAGCAAUUCUUCCGAAAUCAAACGGCGUCGGCCGUUCGAAACAGAAGACGCGAUGUCGCCAACUCCGAUUCAUGAACCGCAUAGUACCCUCGAAGUAUCCGAGAGAGAUCCCGAGACUUAUCAGAAAGAGGUGAUACAAUAUCCCGACCACAGCUAUCCACAAGCAGUUCCGGUCGAACAUGCUGCUGCUGCUGGAGCGACACAUUCAUUCUAUAGUCCCGAGUCGGCGAAAGAAGUCGUCGUAGAGGCACCUCACAAUGCAUAUGCAGGAGCUGGCGUCUUACCAAUGCCGUAUAAAGAUCCGAAUUACGCGGGCGGUGCGGCAUACCAAAAUACAGCAGCGUAUCAUAAUGGCUAUCCAGCAGGAGGAGUUUAUCCAGACGGGUCAUCGUACUCGAACAGCGCCUAUCCCAAUAGCGCGUACCCUAAUAGUGCGUACCCGAAUAGCGCAUAUCCCACAAGCAACGGCAGCCAGAUGGAUCCCAAUGCAUAUGGACAAACCCCGGCUGGCGACGGUGGCCAAUACCCACCCACGGACGAGAAAGCAGGGCGGAAAGCAACGAUAUGCGGCAUUCCGAGAAAGAUAUUUUUUAUUUUAUUAGGAGUUGGGAUCGCAGUGAUCGUGCUCGUAGCAGGACUAGCGGGCGGCUUGACGAGUAAGAAUCAUAGUGGAGCGAAAGCAGUGUCUUCGUCGGGAUCAUCAGAUAGUCCUAAGGAUCCGGCGUCGACAAAUUCGACACAAAAACUUAUUCUCGAUAAUUCGAAGAUAACAGCGUCAAAUUGGACGGAUUCCAAUGGCGUCAUUCAUAGAACCGUCUUCUUCCAAGAUGUGUAUAAUGCAAUCAUCGCCCGACGAUGGGAUUCCAAGGGAAAGUCGUGGACGACGAAUAACUUGACACAGUUGAUGGCCGCCACGACGACACCUCUUAACCCGCUGCCUGGCACUCCUCUAGCGAGCGCGUCGAUGGAUCUUAAUCCCAAGUACGAAACGCAUGUCUGGUUCACGGAUCCGAGUAACACGAUACGAUCAAUGGCGGCUUUUGACGCGUUGAACCGACCGGAUAGCUGGGAUAACGAUACCCUCAGCGGCGCCGUUCUUCAGACUUGGCCUGGGUCAGGCUUAGCCGCGAUGUGGCAACGAUGCUGGCACUCUAAUUGCAAUGGAACGUGGAUUGUCGCGUAUCAACGACCAGAAGGAGCUAUUAAGACGGCCAAUUCUAGUACCUGGGCUUCCGCAACUGUAGCGAUCGACUCUAGCAACGUCGCCGCCAAUUCGAGUUUAGCUAUCAUUCCUCAGCUGGAUGGAGCGUAUCUCGAUCGUCUCGAGCUCGUUUCUGAACGCGUUGAUUCAGGUCAGACGGGUGACAUGAGGGUAACGACGUUUAACGACACGUGGAACGGCUCUGAACAACGAGUGACCGAACUCCAAUCCGGAAUACCCCUGCCAGCGACAUCCCAGCAAUUCGCAAUAACGAAAUGGGACAGCUGGAACCAGGCGCUCUAUCUCAGCCUCCUCCAAGGCGGCAAACUUCAAGGCAACCACUGGGACGGAAAGACGAUGAACAAUAUCUCGUCUUUCAACUUCAAGUCGGGACCCGAUACCAACUUUACAUCCAUCGCGAUGACUCCGGACGCUAUGUUCUACGGCAUUUCGAAUAACGAGAUCGUAGAGUAUUCGCUCGACACGACGGAUCCGUCCACCUUUAACUACGUGGGCACCGUAUUCCCAUAAACAUUUUUUUUUUCACUCGAAUGCAACAAUUUUGUGAUUUUAUUGGUCCCGAAAAAGGCUAGGUUAAGGGGACCCGGGAAUUUGGGAAGGGCAUUAGGGAGUUGGCGGCAAGACUUCUUGGCCUACGUGAUGCUAGUCACGGCACAGCACAGCAUCUACUUGGGUGUAUUUCUAUUCUUAUGAGAUGACCUUAUCCUCACAUUUGGUCGAGGAGCCUAUUGAAACGAUACCAGGCAGAGCGAAUUCGCUUUGCUUAUUUUUUGGCCCUCAGGGCAAUACAGUAUACUAUCUAUGACAUGUCUAUUUGUACGCAUAGCUAGCCACAUAUUACGUGGAACGAAUUAUCUAGAUACCUAACAAUAGAGAAUCAUAUUAAAUGAUUUAA